AGUGUUGAGUGCUGUUCCUUCUCUCGCCAGCUGCGCGUCGGUCCCGGUCACUCGCUUCGACGCUUCCUCUCCUUGGACAGAUCGCCUCCUGCAUCAUGGUGCGCUUGGACUUAGCCGCCGUGCUCCUGGCGGCCACGUCCGUCGCCCGGGCUGUCGCCCCCGACACGCCGCCCGUCGUCCCCGGGGCGUACGUUGUGGAGUAUGCCGAGGAUCAGGACUCAAACGCACUCGUUAAUACUCUCGGAGGGAAAGCGUCGCUCCGUAAGGACCUGCGCUUCAAGUUGUUUAAGGGUGCCUCCAUCCAGUUCAAGGACGUCAAGGAUGCUGAGAGCAUGGCGGCCAAGGUGGCCAGCAUGCCAACGGUCAAGCGCGUCUUUCCUGUGCGACGGUACCCGGUGCCCCACCACGUCGUGCAUUCCACGGGCGAUGCCGUCCAGGAGCUCAUUGCCAAGCGGGAGGAGGGCAAUGACACCUUCUCGCCGCAUCUGAUGACACAGGUGAACAAGUUCAGGGACGCGGGGAUCACGGGGAAGGGUAUCAAGAUUGGCAUCAUCGACACCGGUACAGACUACCUUCACCCGGCUCUAGGCGGCUGCUUCGGACCCGGCUGCUUGGUCUCGUAUGGUUCCGAUCUCGUCGGUGAUGAUUUCAACGGCUCCAACACACCCAAGCCGGACCCGGAUCCGCUCGACUGCCAGGGCCACGGCACGCAUGUCGCCGGCAUCAUCGCGGCGCAGACCAACAACCCGUACGGCAUCAUUGGAGCCGCCUCGGACGUCACUGUGGGCUCGUAUCGCGUCUUUGGCUGCGAUGGCGACACCCCCAACGAUGUCCUGAUCGCUGCGUACAACAUGGCCUACGAGGAUGGCAGCGACAUCAUCACGGCCUCGAUUGGCGGGCCGUCCGGCUGGGGCGAGGAUCCUUGGGCCGUGGUCGUGUCGCGGAUCGUGGAGAUGGGCGUCCCCUGCGUGGUUUCGGCCGGUAAUGACGGCGCCGCCGGCAUCUUUUAUGCGUCGACUGCUGCCAACGGUAAGAAGGUCACGGCAAUUGCCUCGGUCGACAACAGCAUGACCCCCUCGCUGCUCAGCAACGGCUCCUUCUCGGUCAACGGCAGCACCGAGUUCUUCGGCUUCACCCCUGGCGAGCCGGCAGACUGGGCAGAUGUCAGCCUCCCUCUGUGGGCCGUCAACUUCAACACGACCGAUCCGGCGAAUGGAUGCGACCCGUAUCCGGACUCGACCCCGGAUCUUUCCGGCUACAUCGUCCUGGUCCGCCGCGGCAGCUGCACCUUCGUACAGAAGGUAACCAACGCGGCCGCGAAGGGUGCGAAGUACGUCAUGUUCUACAACAACGCGGUCGGCACGGCCAGCGUCUCGGCAGCCGUGGAAGGCAUAAAAGGCGUGGCCAUGGUCACGGCCGAGCAAGGCGCAUCGUGGAUCGGCGCCCUGGAAGCUGGCGAGAAGGUAGUGGUCAACAUGCCGGACCCGAAGACGGCCGGCAAGUUCCUCUCUUACGUGAACAAUACGGCCACUGGGGGCUUCCUGAGCGACUACACCAGCUGGGGUCCCACCUGGGAGGUUGAAGUCAAGCCUCAAUUCUCGACUCCGGGAGGCAUGAUCCUGUCCACGUACCCCCGUGCUCUGGGCUCGUAUGGCGUGCUCUCCGGGACGUCGAUGGCCUGCCCGAUUGCGGCUGCCAUCUACGCCCUGCUGAUGAACGUCCGCGGCAUCAAGGACCCCAAGGAACUUGAAAGCAUUCUGUCGUCUACGGCACAUCCAAACCUGUUCCGGCUGAACGGACAGUCUCUCCCGUUCCUCGCGCCGGUCCCGCAGCAGGGCGGCGGCUUGCUUCAGGCUUGGGAUGCAGCGCAUGCCACGACCCUCCUCAGUGUGUCGAGCCUAUCGUUCAACGACACAGACCACUUCAACAAGGUGCAGAACUUCAGCAUCUCUAACACGGGCAAGACUGAAGUCACCUACGAGCUGAGUAACAUCGGUGCGGCUACUGCCUACACCUUCGCGGAUGACAGCUCCAUCACACCCGCCGCCUUCCCCAACGAACUGACGGCCGACUUUGCGACUCUCUCGUUCGCGCCCAACAAGGUCACAAUCCCGGCGGGCCACCGCAAGAUCAUCACCGUGACGGCCACCGCACCAAAGGGCCUCGACACGAAGCGCCUGCCCGUCUACUCCGGCUACAUCGCCAUCAACGGCUCGGACGGCUCGGCCCUCUCGCUCCCUUACCUGGGCGUCGCAGGCAGCAUGCACUCACACGUGGUGCUCGACGCCAGCAACACGCUGCUCGCCCGGGCCAGCGACGACGAGAACACGCCCGUCAAAGCCAACGAGGUCUUCGUCCUCCCGCCGCCGGGCUUCGGCAACGACACGUCCUACGCCAACCGGACCGAGCAGCCCAAGUUUGUCGUCACGCUCUCCCUAGGCUCCCCGCUCGUGCGCAUCGACGUCAUCCCUCUCAGCAACUGCACCGGUGCAAAGAAAGUCCUGGAUACCAAGACGCUCGGUCAGCCCGAGGGUUCGCCCAUCCAGUGGAAUCCGCGCGGCACGUUCGAGUUCGUCUGGGACGGCGAGAUGGACGACGGGAGCUACGCGCCCGCCGGGCAGUACAAGCUUGCAGCGAAGGCGCUGCGCAUCUUUGGCAACGCCGAAAAGGCCGGCGAGUAUGAUGCCACCGAGACGGUGCCGUUUGCGAUCGAGUACCUUGACUCGCCAGGUACGAAGAAGGUGAGGUGGGGGAGGUACAUGCCGAGGGGGGCAGAUGUGGAUAAGCAUAAGGAUAAGGGGAAAGGGCAUGGACAUGGGCCGGGAGGAGCGGAUUCAUGUUGAUCAACUCAGGUAAAACUACGAGAUGCAGAUGGUGGGGCAAACUUGGUUGUGGGCUCGGGAGAAGCCAGGGGGGGUAGGUGAUGCGAGCUGAAUGGGAUCUGACAUAUAAUAUUUGUACACGAGAUGGGGCGAAAUAAAACGAAGGCAUAAUAUGAUACUAUGUAGAAGUUGGAUUCGGAUCUGCGGGUGAAGAUGGCUGCAAAAUGAGAGUUAACUAUCAUGGGGUAAUAGGCGUCGAUAUCCAAGGAUUGUUAUGUUCCGCCGCAUCCUGUUCAGGAGAUACGAUCCAGACAGUUGGAACCCUUGGG